AUGGCGUCGAGUCUGUUCAAAACCCUAAUUAGAUCGUCGAACUUUCAAUCAACAGCCAAAAACCUUUGUCUCGUCAGAAGCGAAAUCGGCAACCACACCGCCAAAUGGAUGCAGGUUACAAGCAAGAAGUCCCCAAUGGAGUUGAUCAAUGAAGUUCCACCUAUCAAGGUUGAGGGUAGGAUUGUUGCUUGCGAAGGAGACAGCAAUCCGGCACUUGGUCACCCAAUUGAGUUCAUAUGCCUUGACCUUAAUGAGCCAACAGUCUGCAAAUAUUAUGGCCUAAGCUAUAUUCAAGAGCACCACGCAAGAUCUGCGGUGACGAAUUUUUGGAGGAGUUGUGACAUUAGCAGAGUGCGUGUUUGUAGAUGCACCUUCCAUUUCAGUGGACGGAUUGUGGUUCGGUUAUACCAACUUUGA